GACAAACAUGGUCAGACAGGGUGCUGCUUUGCUUAACUGCUAGUAUCCAGGGUGCUGUCCAGUCGGUGUGGACAGUCCGAAAAUAACGCAGCUAUGGAGACCAGUGGCCAGCAUGACUUCAAGAAAGGAACUGAAGAGUGGCCAGUUCACAUUUCCUCUUUAGGGAAGUUUGCGUGUUGUGAUGGAGUUAGUGGGUACAAUAUCAUGAACAACACCGCCAUGCCGAACCCAGGACUACCAAGCACAAGAACCCAGACUUCGCUUCAACAGAGCUGGGAAAUGAACUAUCAAGAGGCAGCCAUUUACCUACAGGAGGGCGAGAACAACGACAAGUUCUUCACCCACCCGCGAAACCCACGGGCUCUGAGUGCGUACCUGUUCGCCCACAACCACCUGUUCUACCUGAUGGAGCUGGUGACGGCGGUGCUCCUCAUGCUGUUGUCCCUGUCCGAGGCCCCCGCUGUGCCCUCUCUGCGUCUGGACGUAUAUGUGCAUGCGACGCUGGAGCUGCUAGCCCUGGUCAUGGUGGCGUUUGAGCUGAGCAUGAAACUACGCUGGCUUGGCUUCCACACUUUCAUUCGGCACAAAAGGACCAUGGUUAAGGCGUGUGUCCUGUUCAUCCAGUUCAUUGAAGCCAUCGUGGUGCUGGUCCGGCAGACAUCUCACCUGAGAGUGACCCGGGCUCUCCGGCCCAUAUUCCUGGUGGACUGUCGGUACUGUGGCGCUGUGCGCAGAAACUUGCGGCAGAUAUUCCAGUCCCUUCCUCCUUUUAUUGAUAUUUUGCUGCUGCUUCUGUUCUUCAUGGUGAUCUUUGCCAUUCUCGGUUUUUUUCUGUUCUCAUAUAAUCCAGCUGAUCAAUAUUUUAGAACCUUAGAGAACAGCAUAGUGAGUUUGUUCGUCUUACUCACAACUGCCAAUUUCCCAGACGUCAUGAUGCCAGCGUAUUCACGGAAUCGCUGGUCUUGUGUCUUCUUCAUAGUGUAUCUCUCCAUUGAGCUGUACUUCAUCAUGAACCUGCUCCUGGCCGUGGUCUUUGAUACUUUCAACGGUGUGGAGAAGAUGAAGUUCAAAUCCCUGCUCCUCCACAAGAGGUCUGCCGUAGAGCAUGCCUUUCAGCUGCUCGUGAGUCGACAGAGACCGGACGGAGUGACUCUGAAGCAGUUUGAUGGUCUCAUGCGUCACUACCGCCCCCGGAUGAGUGCCCGGGACCGCUUCCUUACGUACAAGGCUCUUAACCACUCAGGAGUUUCCAUGUUAAGUUUGCAAGACUUUUAUAAGUUCUACGAAGUGAUUGGUCUUAAAUGGAAGGCUCGACGGAGUGGAGAACAUUGGUUUGAUGAACUACCGCACACAGCUUUCCUCAUUUUUAAAGGGAUAAACCUCCUUGUAAAAUCCAAGGCUUUCCAGUAUGCCAUGUACAUUGUUGUUGCUGUUAAUGGGAUAUGGAUAUUAGUUGAGACUACAGUAUUGAACAGUGAUGUGUCAUGGUCCAGAUUUGUCCCUUGGAGCUAUGUGGUCUUCCUUACAAUCUAUGGUGUUGAGGUGAUGUUAAAAAUCACAGGUCUUGGACCACUAGCUUACUUCAGCUCAGGAUGGAACUUGUUUGAUUUCUCCGUGACUGUGUUGGCCUUUCUGGGCUUGAUUGCUCUGGCCUUCAAUAUGGAGCCAUUCUACUUUAUUGUGGUUCUCAGGCCUCUUCAGCUUCUGAGAUUAUUCAAAAUCAAACAGAGGUAUCGCAAUGUGUUGGACACCAUGUUUGAGCUUUUUCCACGUAUGGCCAGUCUCGGCCUCACCCUCAUCAUCUUUUACUACUCCUUCGCUAUUGUUGGGAUGGAGUUUUUUGCUGACGUUGUCUACCCUAACUGCUGCAACACCAGUACUGUAGCUGAUGCCUAUCGCCAGAUCAACGUGACCAUUGGCAACGUGACAGUCCUGCAGGAGGGAUACUAUUAUCUCAACAACUUCAACAAUAUUUUGAGUAGUUUUGUGACGUUGUUUGAGCUGACUGUAGUUAACAACUGGUACAUCACCAUGGAAGGGGUGACCUCUCAAACAACUCACUGGAGUAGACUCUACUUCAUGACUUUCUACAUUGUCACUAUGGUUGUGAUGACCAUUAUCGUGGCCUUUAUACUCGACGCGUUUGUCUUCAGAAUGAACUACAGCCGCAAGAACAAACAGGAAGAAGCUCUCGAGGAUCCAGAAGGUGAGAAGGGGAUCGUGUUUGAGGCGGAGGUGAGCCGGGCAGAGGCGCUGCAGGCACUGGAGUUCUACAAACACUCUCCGGCCAACUCCAGCCUCAGCUCCCUCCACCAAGUGUGUGUGGCCAUGGAGCGCGGAGGGCAUUCCUCUGUGGUCUUCCUUGGACGACGGUCACGCACCAAAAGUGAUCUCAGUAUGAAGAUGUACCAGGAAGAGAUUCAGGAAUGGUAUGCGGAAUACUCCAGAGGCGACCUCACUCCACUGGGCGAAUCUCCUGAGAGUGACCUCGACUGCCCGGUCAUCUCCCCGCACAGUAUCAACUAGGCCCAGGCCUGCCCAACCCAACUAGGCCCAGGCCUGCCCAACCCAACUAGACCCAGGCCUGCCCAACCCAACUAGGCCCAGGCCUGCCCAACCCAACUAGACCCAGGCCUGCCCAACCCAACUAGACCCAGGCCUGCCCAACCCAACUAGACCCAGCCCUGCCCAACCCAACUGACACUCACACGCUCUGAACCCUGCGUUUUCUAAAACGGAGCACUCCAUGGACCAGGAGACGGUGUGAUCACGCCACAUUCAAUGGAUAUUUGUGGAACUUGAUACACUUAAUACCAUCCUGUUUCUUUAAGUAAACUGAGGAGGGCCUGCCCCCUUCCUAUCCCGCCCAUUCCCCACUCCACUCUCUCUCUAAAGGACCAGGAGAGCUUCUCAGAGACCAAUUGGAUGUGGUUGCACAUUUCAGGACCCUUUAAAAAAAAAAAAAAAAAAAAAAAAAACAAGUUAACAUGACUUCAGCAGUGCUGCAGGAUGUUGAGAAAGAACAGUUGGGUCACGAGUCCAGUCGUCUACCCAGAUGGGGCUGUAGAGUUAUCGAAGCUAAGCUAGGUCUUCCUGCCUUUUCUAUGUGUUUUAGCAUUAGUAUCCUGUCCAUGUUACUAGUAGCCACUAUGGCGUCAUGUCUUACGAAAAUGCCUAUGAAAGUGCGUUCUUAAAAAAAAAAAAAAAAAAAAAGCAGCAACAGGACCUUCGCCGUGACCAUACACUGCUACGAGAAACACCAGCUGUGCUGCUGUGGCACACACACUUGUGUCCAGCAGAGCCUGUCGUUCUACUCCUCUUUACCCUCGUUUUCCAGACCACCAACUUGCUUCUGAGUUUAAUUAAACCUCUAUUGAGGUGCCAUAGCUUUAUGAUCCUAUUAGGAUCAUGUCGAUGUGUGUAAUAAUGUUUUGUGUUUGGAUGCCCUUACAUGUAUUUUCUUGAAGUUAAGUAGGCUUCGGGCCAGUAUGAGGUUGGCUGAGCGUAUGAUGGGGGUUGACACCACAUCGCACUGUAAUACGACACCGUGCCCUUAUACUCAUAUCCAGUAUUAUGGAUAUCUCGCAGUAUAUCACUUUUUUCCUCAGUUCAACACUAUUUGUGACAAUCAUGCGCCAUUAACUCCAAGUAUUGCCACAGUCUUUCCCCCUCUUCAUCUUAGCUUAUGAUAAGUUAAUCAGGAGUUUGUUAUGUUAUUACAACUUAAACCCCAAGAUAUAUGGACAAGCAGUCAGACCGCAUUAACACAGGUUAUAUAUUUUAUAUAUGUAUAUAUGUUUUAUUUACAUAUAUAUAACACAGGUAAUUACAUUUUUGUAUCUCUAUGCAUUUGAUAUUUUUUUCCUCAAUUAUUUUAACAAAGUGACAUUUUUUAAGGCCCGUUAUGAAUAACACUGAAAUUCAAGAUGUUGUUUCAAUCUCUACACAUUUUCAGUUCACGUCCAGCACUCCUAAUGACUUAUUGUCACAAUAUGUGUUUUUUUCUUAGGCCCAUAGGGCACUAUGUUACACAGUAGCCCUGAUAAAACUUCAAAUAAAUACUAGAUUAUGUCAAUAAAUUAAAAUAGGUGUUCUGGUCUUCCUCAAACAGUUACGGAGCAGUUGUAAUACUAACUAUAUAUUGGCUGUUACUUGAACUAAUAUAUAUUAAUUUAAAGCCAGUCAAAAAUUUAAACUGCCCAGUUUCUCAUCUAUCAUUUCAGAAUAAUUUAAUUAAUACAUUUUUUGGAGGGCCUAAAGCAAUUCAGAGUUAUGAGUGGGCAGGUCAAUUUUCAUCAUCAGUAACUGACCGCUCUAAGAGCAAUACAUUUAAUCCAGUAAACCAACCACCAUGGAUCGAUCCCUUUUGCUUGGAAGUAAAGGGACAAAAAGCUGGUCUCUGGUGGUGGUGAUGUCUUGCCCUGAGUAUAUUGCACAUUAAGGGUGGGAAUAGGAUGGCGGUGGGAAUGUGUGUGUGUGUGUGUGUAUGUGUGUGAGUGAUGUCACAACGCAAUGGAAAUGUCAUGUGACUGAGAUUGAGUGAUAUAUUCUAUUCCGAUUGCGAAGUAUAAUGUUCUCAAAUAAAUCACUGGGCCUCAUUAUUGAAAUGCAAACAAAUAAAUUUCAUACUAUAUAUUUAUUGUUUUUUUUUUUUUAUUAUUAUAUAUAUUAUAUGUCAAGAUAUAUCAUUGUCGAACGCGCCUCCUGCAGAUCUGCUUGUUUCACUGACAACUGGUAUGUCACUAUACACAAAUUCUAACCAAUUUGGUGUUUACAUAGAUGACCCUGAAAUGCCUCAACCAUUUUAAUCAUACUCUUACAAUAUCAACGUACAUUUACAAAGAUUUCAUCAAUGAGGCCCAGGCUGUUCAACUCCCCUAUGAACAACAUCCUGUCUUUGUGCAAUGUCACUAGCUCUGGUUAUGCUGCUUCACCUCCACCAAUACUGGAUGAUGCAGCUGUUUUUUGUUGUUUUUUUUUGUCUGUGUUUAACCCAUAAAAUGUGCAUUACAUCUUUUUUUGUUUAUUCCUUUGUUUGUUCCUGAAAUGUAUUUAGACAAUAAAAGGUAUAUACUUAUGUUUA